CACUCGCUAUGACAGCCUCACCGGGAGGGUGGAGCCUCUGGUGUCCUGGAUGGAGGAGCUGGAGAAGGAGACCUUUCUACCCCUUGAGUGGGUCUUCAGGAGUGAGCUGGAGAAGUUGCCAAGACUCAACUACCCGACUGACGGUGAGCAGAGGCUGUGCCACAUUUGAUGUCCAGGUCUUCAUACCUGGCAGGUGAUUUUGGGCUGUGAGUUCAGAGAAGAUGGGAACAAAGAUGGAUUGUACCACUAUGGCUACGAUGGGAUGGACUUCCUCAGCUUCAACAAGGUGACCCUCAGGUGGGUGGCAGCUCAGCCCCAGGCCCGGAAGGUCAAGGAGAAGUGGGAGGAGGAUCCAGGAUGGUCCCACGAAAAUAAAGUCUACCUGGAGGAGACCUGCAUUGUGUGGCUGCAGAGGUACCUGUCCUACGGAAAGGAGGCUCUGAGGAAGACAGAGCCUCCAGUGGGGAAGGUGACUCACAGAGUGGUUGAUGACAGCCUGGAGACCCUCAUCUGCCAGGCCUUUGGCUUCUACUCCAAGGAGAUCCAGGCCACCUGGACAAGGGAUGGAGAGAACUGGGAACAAGAGACCUUCCGUAGGACUGUGGCCCCCAACUCAGAUGGGACCUAUUAUGCCUGGAUCAGCAUUGAGAUCGACCCCAAGGAGUGGGAUCGUUUUCGGUGUCACCUGGAGCACGACGGUUUGCAAAAACCCCUGGUGUUGGCUUGGAAAGAGGAAACGGCUAUAUCGUGGCAGAUUCCUGUGGGAAUUGUAUCAGGCUUAAUCUCAGGAGCUGUGAUUCUCUUCCUGAUAUGCAGGUGCUGGAGACAGUUCUCUAUCGGGACAAUUCUCUAUCAGGAAGUGAUGACUUCGCCUGGUGACUUCCUUUUAAAAACAGUUUAUGUUUCCGCUACUUCUGACACAGAAGAAGAUGAGAUUCAAUCAGAAUCGAUGCUCCAAUCCGAAGCAACCUCAGAGGACAGGACACCCUAUGAAUGGUUGAGGCCCCAGUGGGUUCUUGAAGCCCCUGUGUUAACAUUGCGCAAGCGAGAAGGGAAGGAAGAGAGGCUCAUCAAAAGGUCUCUGUCAUGGUCUGGAGACUUGGAGACUCCGGACCAAGAAGUGUCAAGAUUGAAUCAGCUAUCAUGGCCCAGAUGAGAAUAAUGACUGGGCCUGGCUGCAUUCUGAAAGAUGCACAGAGCACGACUACCUCUGAUGAAGGAAGAGGAUUAGCAACUUCAAAUGGCCUCCUUCCUGCUUCUUCUUCAUAUUUGUAGCCAAAUCUUGGAAAGGAAAGAAAUCCAGGAAACCUCCCCCUUCCCCAUCCUUUUCUCUCCUCUUGAAAUGUUUACAUUGUCAGGUUCUGCUACUGAUGCUGCUCUUGAGAGUGGGUGGUAGAGCGAGGGCAAAAGGAGAGAGACGAGAGUGGGAAAUGUAGCACACCAGGUGCAAUAGAAGGAACCAAGGAAGGUGACGACACCCAGGUUGGCUCAGAACUGGAAUGUGAUGACCCGGGGGUGUGACACAAAGGCAACACAGCCAGAGAACUGAUAUGAAUCCCUUUAUUAUCACCAACUGUCCCUUUCAACUCUCUGGGCUGGAGAGAGCUCUUCCACCAACCUGUAAUAGUAUUUGGCUGACAAUACUUCAGUCCCAAACGUUGUAAACAGAAAACUUUCAACAAAAAAAUCCAACAAAGCAAGACGAGGUUAUUAAUCCAGCAGGGCAAGCAAAAUAGGGAAUUCCAGAAGUGAAGUAGCACAGCAGUAAAUCAAACCAGUUGGGAGGAUGCCAGGAAUUCAGAUAAGUACCUGAUGAACUCAGUGUUUGUUCCCAACAACCGGCCCUCCAAUUUGCCUCUACUUUUAAACAUCAGCAGCUGUACCUUGUAAAGAGGAUCAGGUCCCUUUCCUCCCUCGUAAGCCACGCAACCCACAUUGCUUUCUUCUCCAUUCCUCCCUGCGCUGCCUAGGAUGAGGAGGGGGUUGGCCGUGGUCUUCAAUUGAACCCCCUCUCCCUUGUUCUACCUCUCCCCUGCUCUGCCCAGCCUGACUUUGCAUUUCCCAGUUUCUUCCACAGCCAAUGGAUCCACUCUCUCACUUUCUGUCAGCUGUUCCUCUUCCCCUUCAGAUUCAGACUCCGACAGGGGCAUGACAAGGAAUUUUAUGCUAAGAGUAGAGAGACAUUUGAACUCUGCUGGUGCUGGGCUUUCCAAGGUUUUCUCCAUCCCCCUGAGGUACUCGGCACUCUUUAUGUAGGACUCCACCUAAUGAUCGAAGAGAUCGUUUAACAACCUCAACUGGGAGAGCCGGGAUUGCUGUUGUUGAACGACGGAUUCUGUUCGGAUAUUGAAUUUAGUAGCUGGAACAGUAAAGUGUACAAUAGGACAGAACUUCCUCAGAGCUGAAUUGUAGUGGAUUAGUUAGAGAGUGCUGACUCAUGCAUGAGGCAAUCUAUGCUGUGAUUGGUUGCUGUGGAUGUAUUUGUUUGCUUGAUUAUCUAUAGUAUUCUCAGAUGACUUCUCCAACAUCAAAGUUCAAAAGCUUCCCUAUAGUAAGUACUCUUCCUAUAUCAAGUGCCAUUCAAAGUGAAAGAAUCAUGGAAUUCAGGAAUGUAAUUUUCAGGGCUUGUCUUUAGGGCAAAAAUCAAUUCACGUGUCUGUUCCUGAUAAACCAGUCAAGUGAAAUACCUCCGAGGCCUGGUGGUAUUAGCCUCAAAAGCUCAGCGAGUCAUUUUAAAAAAGGCAACCUGUGUGGCUCCAUUGCCCCAUUUUUGAGAAUCCUUAAGGAGAAGAGAGGAAGUGAGAUGACUGGAGAAGAUGAUGUCGUGUCCCACUCCUCCGCUGACGGCCGGGUCAGGGAAAUCCGAAUCAGGCUUGCCUCUGCAGCUCUGCCCAAAGUCCUAGCAAAGUCCUCAGAGCAGGCAGGAGACCAGUAAGUGACUUCAGCAAGAUAAGUUCGACUUUGCCUGACUCAGAGACUGCCAGAAAGCAGAUCCUUUAUAUAGGCCAUUGGGUGUGGCUCCAUGACUCAGCACUCAUUAAGGCCUGCCCCUCCCUUCCUUCUGUUGCCUCCGCCUAUCCAAUCUUCUGAUGCGAGGGUCACUCCAAUCAGCUGUUGGAAGUAAACUUUCCUCAGGCUCACAUGCUGUGGAGGAGGGGGAGGGGUCUAGCUGCUCCGUUUGCCUGGGCAUGGAGCCAGGGCUGGGGCCGGGGGAUGCUCCCUCCUCUGCAGCUUGUCUGGGCAUGGAGCCAGGACUGGGGCCGGGAGGCAUACAUUCCUCCGUGUUCGGGAGCAGAUAAGCAGACCCCGGCUGCGGUGAGAGCGGACAAGACACAACAGAUGUUCUCAUGAUGUCCUUUCUGCUGUUGUUACUGUUAAGAGUUACAACUCUAGGUCACACGCUCGACACAUCCCAGAUGGAUCACUGUAAUGCGCUCUACCUGGGGGUGCCUUUGAAGGGUAUCCAGAAAGAUCACCUGAUGUAAAAUGUAGCGACACAAGCACUUGUGUAUGCAUCUAGACUGGUAAAUGUUACCCGCAGCUGGUGCUACCAGUUCGCACGAAUCGUAUAGAACCGGCUGAAUACCACCACUGGUUUGCUUCCAGGUUGAAUUCAAGGUACUGACCUAUAAAGCCUUCCAUUGCAGGGCUGGGUUAGUUGAGGGACUAUCUCUCCCCGAUUACAACUAUCCACCCCAUCAGGUUCAGUGGGCUAGUGGGUCCCACCCAGUAAGAAAUAUCAUCUGACUGGACCCAGGAUGAGAGUUAUUCCUGCUGAAGAACCCAUCUUCUGGAACAUCGUCGUCACUUGAGGUCAGAUUGGUCCUGACCUUACCGGUUUGGCAUCUGGCCUGAGGAUCUGGUAGUGGUAUGUAGCCUAACAAAUGGCUGUACUGGUAAUGAGAUUGUAACUUUGCUACAAUUGUAACUUUGUUACAAAGAUUUUAUUUAUGGUUGUAAUAAUUCUCAUUGUUUUAAUUAUCUUGUUACGUGCAGGUUUUUUUUAAAAAAAAAUCAGUUCAAUUUUAAUUCUAAGCAAGAGACAUGAUGGUUCAGUAACUUAAUGAUGCUGGAAAUGGUCUUUGUUCCAGUAGUUUGAGUCCUAGUACUGUGUAAUGGGAUGAGCUCCCGUCCCUCACCUCAGCUUCUGCUCACCUAGCAGUUUGAAAGCAUGUUCCAUGCAAGUAGAUAAAUAGGUACCACUUCGGUUGAGAAAUGAGCCAGCUUUUCAUGCAAAUGACCAGAAUCCUGCUGGCACUCAACCUUCUUAGUUGCAGUGCCCAUUUGGGAGGUGGAUUUGGUGGAAGGAGAGGGCCUCAGAAGCUGCUGUAGGAAAGUGUCAAAGCUACCUCGCCCUCUUGUGGCACACCUUGGGAAGUGUGUGAGCUCAACCAAACAGAGCUAACAAACAGGCAGCCAAGUACUUACUACUCUGCAUUAGCAUUGUUGUCUCCUGGCUAAUGUUACCUUGCUCUAUCAUAACUAAAUAAAAACUCUGUAAGCUACCUCAAGUCAUUUAUGAUGGGGGUUCGGUCUAUUUAAACAGAAUAAAUACAUUUAUAGAGAAAUGUCAUUUUGUAUCUAGAAGUAGUUUAUUUCUGCCUUGUCCUUAGAAUUAUUGAGUUGUACUACUGCCAUUUUUACAGAACCCUUAGUGCAGGGUGACUCAGUUUCAUUGAGGGCCACAUCUGGGCUGUGGUUGACCUCGGGGGGCGAUUGGGUGAGUGAGGCCAACUGGGUGGGCAUGGCCAGCUUGAUGCAACUCACUGGGCAUGGCUAACUGGGUGGGUGUGGCCAGCUUGACACUACUCCCCAAACUACUGGCAUGUCUCCUCUUCACAUUGGGUAGACCGGGCCAAAGUGACACAAGGCGACCCCUUACAUUUUUUUUAUUUACAUUUAUAUCCGAAGACUCAGGGCGGCUUACACUAUGUUAGCCGGGCCUUGAGCCAUUCAAAACCGGGCCACAGAAGUAAUGGGUGAAUGCACACAUAUCCUGACCUGCGCAAACAGCAGGUAAACUAAUGCACAUGCUUGCCUCCCGCUAGCGUGGAAUCAUUCCCCAAAACCAGAAAGUUGGGAAAUCUGGUCUACUCUACAGCCCUCAAUUUCUAUCAAAAAAGAACCUUUGCUUUCUCUCCAUUCUCACUGUCGUCUUCUUGUACUCUUGUAACCCAAUGAUCGAAAUGGUUGAUUUCUGCUCAGCUUUGUUCUCUGUUCUUCUGAAUUUUCCAUGGUGUUCUAGAGUCCCAUUCUGCUGCUCACCUGUUCUCUGCAAAGCCUCUUUUCCAUAAUCCAGGUCUCCUUCAGAUAAGAGUGCCUGGCUCUGGGAUCUCUCUGGGAAUUCUUCCCAUUAACAUUGACAGGAAUGGUGUAGGGUCUCCUGCCUGGGCAGGUGGUGGUGGGGUUGGACUAGAUGACCUACAAGGUCCCUUCCAAUUCUGUUAAUCUAACUAUCUAACUUCCACCAUGGCAUAGGGCUGGGCUACUUACGGGACCGUCUGCUGCCACCGAUUGCCUCUCACCGACCCGUGCGCUCUCACAGAGAGGGACUCCUCAGGGUGCCGUCGGCCAGGCAGUGCCGACUGGUGACACCCAGGGGAAGGGCCUUUUCUGUGGGGGCUCCCACCCUCUGGAACGAGCUUCCCCCAGGACUUUGCCAACUUCCUGACCUUCGAACCUUCCGCCGCGAGCUUAAGACACAUCUAUUUAUUUGCGCAGGACUGGACUAGAAUUUUUAAAUUUUAAAUCUGGUUUUAAUGGGGUUUUAUUAUUUAUAUUUAUAUUUUAAAUAUUCGGCCUAUUGAAUAAGUUUUUUAAAUUAAUGUUUUAUUCUGUAUAUAUUUAUGUUUUUAUUUGGCUGUAAACCGCCCUGAGUCCCUAGGGAGAUAGGGCGGUAUAAAAGUAUGAACAAAUAAAAUAAAUAAAAUAAAUUUGCUCUGGAGCACAACUGCCACC